AUAAGCAGGUUUAAGGUCAGUUGCUGAUUUCUCCAUUGUAGGUCACUGACGGUGCCUUCUGUCUCAAAGUGCCUCGGCUCUCUUGGCGGCAACAUUCGCAGCCUGUCUCCUGUACUGUAGUUAGCAAGCCGUGUACAUUAAAACACUGAAAAAAUAUCCGCACCUUCCGAGUUUUAUUUACUCCACUUCUAACUUUACAUCCCGCUUCACUGAUCGGCGAUAUACGGCCACACUUGCCGCUUUUACAGAUCACAGGCAACAAGAACAACCGUGGGAAGAUACUGGAGUUAGCUAACGAAUGAAAUGGGAGCAAAGUAACUGGCUAUACGUUUGAGCCCUGAAGUUGGAGGAUAUUUCCUGGUGGAAGUUAGCUAGCUAGCUAGCAGGCUAACGCAGCGGCGUUACCACUCACGAGCACGCAUUCUCUGGUCAAGAGUGGGCCCAGCCUUUAUACAGACCUCAUCCAUUGAGGUGGACUAAGAUGAGUAUAACCAGCGAUGAAGUGAACUUCUUGGUUUAUAGAUAUCUCCAGGAGUCAGGUUUCUCCCACUCAGCGUUCACGUUCGGCAUCGAGAGCCACAUCAGCCAGUCCAACAUCAAUGGGACGCUAGUGCCCCCUGCUGCCCUCAUCUCCAUCCUGCAGAAGGGCCUUCAGUAUGUCGAGGCCGAGAUCAGUAUCAAUGAGGACGGCACGGUCUUCGACGGCCGGCCGAUCGAAUCCCUGUCCCUCAUCGACGCGGUGAUGCCGGACGUCGUGCAGACGCGGCAGCAGGCCUUCCGCGAGAAGCUGGCACAGCAGCAGGCCGCCGGCACCAUGGCAACCGGCGCCGCCGCCGGCCAGCACAACGCGCCAAAGAACGGGGAGACCACCGUCAACGGGGAGGAGAACGGGGGCCACGGCAUGAAUAACCACACUGAGGCCAUGGAGAUCGAUGGGGAUAUGGAGAUCCCUGCCAGCAAGGCCACCGUGCUGAGGGGACACGAGUCUGAGGUCUUCAUCUGUGCCUGGAACCCAGUCAGCGAUCUGCUGGCAUCGGGCUCGGGCGACUCCACUGCACGGAUAUGGAACCUGAACGAGAACGGCAAUAACGGCUCCACUCAGCUGGUACUCAGACACUGCAUCAGAGAAGGGGGGCAGGACGUCCCCAGCAACAAGGACGUCACCUCCCUGGACUGGAACAGUGAUGGGACGCUCUUAGCAACAGGAUCCUAUGAUGGCUUUGCAAGGAUAUGGACAAAAGAUGGUAAUUUGGCCAGCACACUGGGACAACAUAAAGGUCCUAUAUUUGCUCUCAAGUGGAAUAAGAAGGGAAACAGCAUUCUCAGUGCAGGGGUUGACAAGACGACAAUCAUCUGGGAUGCGCACACGGGUGAAGCCAAGCAGCAGUUUCCCUUCCACUCAGCGCCAGCCCUGGACGUUGACUGGCAGAACAACACUACCUUCGCCUCCUGCAGUACGGACAUGUGCAUCCACGUGUGCCGGCUGGGCAGCGACCGGCCUCUCAAGACCUUCCAGGGGCACACGAACGAAGUCAACGCCAUCAAGUGGGACCCGUCUGGCACGCUGCUGGCCUCCUGCUCCGAUGACAUGACCCUGAAGAUCUGGAGCAUGAAGCAGGACUCGUGUGUGCAUGACCUCCAGGCCCACAGUAAAGAGAUCUACACCAUCAAAUGGAGCCCCACAGGCCCCGGCACCAGCAGUCCCAGCUCCAGCACCAUGCUGGCCAGCGCUUCCUUCGAUUCGACGGUGAGGCUGUGGGACGUGGAACGAGGCAUCUGCGUCCACACGCUCACCAAACACCAGGAGCCCGUCUACAGCGUGGCCUUCAGCCCCGACGGGAAGUACCUGGCCAGCGGCUCUUUUGAUAAGUGUGUGCACAUCUGGAACACCACGAGUGGAGCUUUGGUUCACAGCUACAGAGGGACCGGGGGCAUCUUCGAAGUGUGCUGGAACAGUACAGGGGAUAAAGUCGGGGCCAGUGCGUCCGAUGGAUCAGUAUGUGUUCUAGACCUCCGAAAAUAGCAUCUCGGCAAAGGCUUCGAUGUUGACCCUUGGAAUGUUCGGCAAAAUGCCGCCUCUGUUCUGCCAUGACAGUUUCAGACAUCACUAUUUUGAAAUUACUGGAACACUAGCCAACGUGUUCGUCUUGGCAAGCUAGAUCAGGCCGCUUGCUGGUCACCCACCUGGUGAGGGCGCUGGAGAGCAGCAAGAGCCCAAAUGGCUGUGCCAAAAAAAACCAAAUCCUGGAAACCAAAAAAAAAGAAAAAG